CUUUUUUUAUAUCAGUUUGGGACUAUGUACUGAAGUAUAUAUGUGAAAUCCAGGAUGCUUGCUUCACCAUUUUAUGUGUAUCAAAUAUAGUCAGUCAGAUCAAAUAACUUCUGAACAAUGGUGUCAUGUAGUAAAUACCCAUCGUCGUUGCCAGAGAGCGCGAUGAAGUUAUUCCACUCUUUUGAAGUGAAGAAUUCGUCUACGCGUGAACUAAAGCAGCAAUCCGCGAAGCGGCACACGUCCAUGGUCAGUCGUCCUACUACCAAGGAAGAUCGACUGCUGUAUAAGUUUCCGAUCAGUACAAAUGAUGGUUUGUCGAGUAUGAGCAUGGAUGUGAGUCUUUCAGACGUUAUGUCUGAAUUCAAUCACUUGCUUGACACUGUCGAUCCAGCCAUUUACAAUGUGGACCCGUCUGUCUAUGACAUACUAGAUUACAACACGUCACCGGAGCCCACAAGCAACUUCCCGACUCUUACGUCGGAUUCGCCGUUCGAUACAAGCCCGCCGUUUGAUGCCAAUUCGCCCCUUGAUACGUUCUCGACGUUUUCUUUCUCUGAAAGAGGUCGUAGUAGUCUGACGCAUCUGGCCUUAGGUGCAAGCUUCGGCGCCGAGGGUAACGCACUCGCAGGUAUCGAUACGAACAUGUCAAUGGAUCGAACCACCGCCCCAACUCCUGUUAGCUUUCACGAGCUCAACGCGCAAUUUAAUCUUACGAGCAGUCUAUUUGGUACCACAAACUUGACGUCUUUUGGGCAAUUCCAGAAUCUCAGCGACAACAAUAUCGUCAACGUCGCCAGCCCGCGACAUUCCUUCACGCUGCCAAGCGCUUCAUCUGUGCCGAACGUAAGCAAUGCAUGUAACAACGAAUUACAUAACAAUAAUGAUAUUAAUGACAUUCUGUCGGCCGAAUUGGAACCGGCAUCCAGCCAGCUGACCUCCAUGCGUCAGUUUAAGAGCCUAGAGAACGUCCGCGACGAAAAUCGUAUAGAGAGUCCUGAAACAAAAUCGAACAGCCCGAGUAUGUGCCCAACAUCUGGCACGGAUGAUGCUGCCGCUAAAAAACGAUACCGCCGACGACCCACAGAAUUGAACAGGGGUUAUGAGUGUGUUCUGCCUGGGUGCGAGAGACGGUAUGAAGCCUGGCGCUCAUUACAACACCACCUGCGUACCAACCACGGGGUUACCACCAAGGUCAUCAAGGGGUGUGUUUACAUUGAAGAGAAUAAGAGUGGCGUCUUUGGCUUAGACGGCUGCAUAGGCACCACACAGUCUCUGCGGCGACACUCGUCGGUGUCGUCUUUGGUGCCAAUUGGCAGAGACGGGAGAUCCGGCUCCACCUCGGCUUAGAUGGCACAGUUUAUCGGCCAACACGAGCCGUGGUAACCUUACACUGGAUGUGCUUCAUGGGUUUACAGUGUGUGUGCUAUGAAGUAUAAAUUAGUGAUAGGGAUUGAGUGUUUCACGGCAGGCUUGUAGCCGGUCGGAAUUUUGAAGCACCCUGAUAGUAGUUAGCGGACUAUAGAAGACCACUUUACCGUUUUGAGACUUAGCUUCUGUUUGACUGGGAGAGGUAAAUUGUGAAUAUAAUUCAAGUGGACAAUGAAAUAGAAUACUCGACAAGAGUUGAAUAGUACCCGACGCUGCCAAACAACGUGCGGGUAAACAUGUAGAAAAUAUUAAAAUUUUGACUAGC